UGACAAUCAAUCGGGCUCUUUCUAAUUGGAUGGAGGAGCCCCCCCCCUCCUCCUCCUCCUCUUCCUCCUCCUCCUCCUCUUCCUCUGCUCUCCGGUUUAUUGUCACUGACAGUCGGAUUAUUCCCUCACAGUAGCAGCCUGCUCCCUCUCAUCAUCCUCCUCUUCCUCCUCCUCCUCCUCUCUGUCCGACAAUGCGGGCACCAACUAAGGAUUUAUAAUUUCUUCUUCCUCCACUCCUGCAUCGUUUGUUCCUCCUCUUCUUCUUCACGGACCGUUCCAGUGAUGCCGCCACGUCCACAGAUCUGAGCGAACAGGUUGAGUUGAGAGAAACGGGAACAAAGAUAAAAGCCACCCCUGACACCAGCUCCUAGCGCCAUCCCACCGUCCGCCCCCCCGAACCCAACCUCCCCUCACCCCUCGCACAGCUCCAGGGUUCCUCGCCGGGUUCUCCAAAGGGUUCUCUGUGGUGUUCUGGACAGCUCCAUACGCCUCGGGGCCUCGGACCUUCAUGCGUCUCCCAGCGGCAGAGUCCACCCACACCUCCACCCACCACACCACCACCACCACUACCAUGAGCUGUGAGCAGGAAUUUGGAGACGGAGCCAUGGGAGUCACGCUCACACUGCGCCUCCUCAUGCACGGAAAGGAAGUAGGAAGCAUUAUCGGCAAGAAAGGGGAAACAGUGAAGAGAAUACGAGAAGAGAGCAGUGCGAGGAUCAACAUCUCCGAGGGCUCCUGUCCAGAGAGGAUCAUCACCAUCACGGGGCAGACGGACUGUGUGUUCAGAGCCUUCACCAUGAUCACGUUCAAACUGGAGGAGGACCUGACAGCCUUGGUAGCCAACGGCACAGUGACCAGCAAGCCUCCAGUCACACUGCGGUUGGUCAUCCCAGCCAGUCAGUGUGGCUCUCUCAUCGGCAAGGGCGGGUCUAAGAUCAAGGAGAUCAGAGAGACGACAGGUGCCCAGGUGCAGGUGGCAGGUGACCUCCUUCCCAACUCCACAGAGAGAGAGGUGACGAUAUCAGGGAGCCAGGACGCCAUCAUCCAGUGUGUUAAACUCAUCUGCACUGUAAUCCUAGAGUCUCCGCCGAAGGGAGCCACUAUUCCAUACCGACCCAGCCCGUCCCCGGGAACUGUGCUGCUGGCAGGAAACCAGGUGUUCGAGGCGUCAGACUUUGGCUCUCACCCUCUGUUCUCAGUGACACAGGGAGGAGUGGACCUGCAGCAAACAUACGCAGUACAGAGUCACUACGGCAUUCCACAUUCAGAGUUAGCGAAGCUCCACCAGUUGUCAAUGCAGCAACAGGGCCUGGCCCCCAUCAGCCAAUCAGCUACACAAGUUCUAUCUGGAGGGAUGGACGCCAACUCUCAAACCACAUCUCAGGAGCUUCUCAUUCCAAACGAUCUGAUUGGCUCAAUCAUCGGUCGCCAGGGCACCAAGAUAAACGAGAUCCGGCAGGUGUCGGGAGCUCAGAUCAAGAUCGGCAGUCAGAUCGACAGCACCAGUGACCGCCACGUCACCAUCACCGGUACACCGAUAGCCAUCAACCUGGCUCAGUACCUGAUCACUUCAUGUUUAGAGACCGCCAAAUCCACCGCCCAGUCCUCCUCCAUGCCGUCUCCCGUUGACCUGACCAUGAGCUUCACCCAGCCCGUCCCCCCCGCCUCGUCCUCCUCCUCCUCCCCCCUGGCAGCGAUGGGCGCAGCGAUGCCCCACGCUCAAAUGCUGGGCGCUCCCUACGCCCUCCCCCUCUCCAGCCUCCUGGGAAUGAAAUCAUUCCCUUACCUGGCACUCUCCACCCCUCCUGCCUCAGCAGCAGCGGCUUCUGCUAUCGGAGCUCCCAUGAUGCCGGGUUCCAUGCAGACGGUUCCGGUUCAGGCUCACGCAGCGGCGGCCCUGGCGUCCUACACGGCCAAGAUCUCGGCCUCAGCCAAUGGGAUGAAGAAGCCGGAGAGGCAGAAGUUUGCGCCGUACUAGUGACGGAUGAGAUUGCAUCACUGAGGUAGCUUCUGGGAAUGAGGCUGGUUUUUAGAUGGAAGGGCACUUUUAUUUUCCUUCUUUUACACUUCUUUUACUUUUUAAUCUCUCACUUCUCACUUCUCUUUCUUCCUCUGCCUCUCCAUCUCUUAUUUUUUUGAUCACUUAACGAUGUCAAAGUGGGAUAAUUGGAACGUGUAUGAUUUCAUGACUUGAUGACAUGGAAGCCAUGUGCAGCGACAAAUAAGUUGUUUCCAUGGGUUAGACGCACUGAACAGUAGCGUGACCAUCGUGGGUUGGUUGUGGUCGGCCCUGCUACCACAGCGGGACCUCAGCACAGCUUGACCUGGCACAGUGCGGCGAAAGAGGACCGACUCAAGCCCAGGGAAAAACCUUAAGAAAAGGCCAACUAAAGGGGGCUAAAUCAGAAACUACAAAAAAAGAAGUAGUCAUUUCCUCUGCAAACUCGUACAAACAGCUAUAAUUAACUGCCACACUCUGUUAACUGAUCCCUGUUAAGAGCUCUGUGUGACAGCCAGACACCCAGAUUGGCAGUGGCUUAUGGGUAAUCAGAAAUGCAAUGAGCGAGAUGGUCAAAUUUUCAUGCUGAAAUCCGUCUAAGCUCCACAUGGGAAAAAUAAAUUAAACAACAAAUAGAAGAUACAGAUAUAAUCCCCAAACCAUCUUGUUUUCCUGACCUUUUUCUACGGGACACAAACAACGUCUUUGUGUCAGCGUUUUCUCUCAAGUUUUAUGAGCGCUUAAAUCCUCAAAGUCAGGUCACUGACGGUGAGAACUCAUUAUUUGGCAGCGUGUGGGAUGUUUUUGACUUUUCAUGUCUCAUCGGUGGUUUAAAGUGGGCAAAAGUAGACAAUCUUGUACAGCAGCUUCCGAAGGGUGAUGGAUCACUCUAUACUGCUACUGUGAUGCUUUAUGUUGGUGUUUGUUUAGCAUUGCUUAUGCAUCAAAACUGCAUUUUUUCCCCGUGCAGAUAUCCACUGGUUUGAUAAACACUCAGGGUUGUAGAUAAGUGGUCAGCCAUAACUCAGAAAGUCGGCUCACGCGUCACAAUUUGCUUAUAUCUCCUUUGCAUUGUAGAUUAUUUUGGGAAAAUCUUGGGGAAACUAGUUUUCCUUCCUACAAACACAAACCCAUGGGUGCCUUUAUGUCUCUGUGUGCAGUUUGAAGGUACUGCAUGUUGAACGGUUAGCUUCAUCCAGGUUAUGGAUGAGAUGAAAUGUUUAGCUUUGUAAUGAUAAUGGUGGGGGAGUGGCUUUGGAGGGAGGCCGGAAGCGACAGACUGUCAAUGUUGCCGACUUUGGGACUUUCUCUCUAGAUGUAGGGACUUUUGUAGCUACUUAGCAGCUCAUGCUGAUAGCUACUUUCAUUGGAAAAGAGUUGCCAACACUGGAUCGUUUUUAAAAAUCUAGUGUACUCUUGCUAGUUUCUCAAGAUUGCCCAUCCUGGCUUUAAACACACAGUUACUCUUUACAAGUCAAUCUUGUAUCAUGACCAUGCAACUGAAUUUCAAUUUUCCAUGAAA